AUGCCUGCUAUAAUUCAAAAUGACGUCUUAAUAUACAAGGGCAGUAAUUUUUUUCGUCAGCGUCUAUUACUAUCGACACUAAGUGGUCGUGCAGUGAAAAUAGAGGAAAUAAGAAGUUCCCACGACGAUCCAGGCCUGAGGGAGUAUGAAGUGAAUUUAAUUCGUCUCCUCGAUAAAAUUACUAAUGGAACUCGAGUUGAGCUGAGUGAGACUGGAACGUCCAUGUAUUUCCAGCCGGGAAUAUUAAUUGGCGGUCAAGUUACACAUAGUUGUUGUCCUCAAAGAGGAAUAGGUUAUUAUUUAGAAGUACUGUUAGCCCUUGGUCCAUUUUGCAAAGAACCAAUAAAUGCAGUACUACAAGGUGUGACACACCAUGACCUGGAUGUUUCUGUUGAUAAAGUGAAAGCAGCUGCAUUGCCCGUACUGUUAAAGUUUAUACUUGUCGAUGAUGGCUUAGAACUGAAAGUUGUUAGAAGAGGAGCACCACCAUUGGGUGGAGGAGAAGUUGUAUUCAAAUGUCCAGUUCGAAGACAUCUGAGACCAUUACAAUGGUGUAAAUGGGGUCUUGUGAAGAGAAUCAGAGGAGUGGUGUAUGCUUUACGAGUAUCACCAACUAUGGCUAACCGUGUUGUUGAGUCAGCUAAAGGGGUAAUGCUAAAGUUUCUCCCAGAUGUCUAUAUCAAUACGGAUCAAUGUAGGGGGUCAAACGCUGGAAAGAGUCCGGGAUUCGGGGUCAGCCUUGUUGCAGAAACUAAUGACAAGACUUUCUACUGCGCUGAAGCUAAGUCGCUGGAACCUGGGACAGGCGAAAGCACGUUACCAGAAGACCUCGGGAGAGAGUGCGCCAUGAAAUUGCUGGAUGAAAUACAUCGCGGCGGUGCUGUUGAUUCCUCCUUCCAGUGGAUAUUGGCUCUAUGGAUGGCACUUGGGCAGAAAGAUGUCAGCGAGUGUGUGGUGGGACCGCUAUCAGAGUACACGAUAAGGUUCCUUCAACACCUCAAGGAGUUCUUUGGCGUCAUGUUCAAGAUGGAAGUGUUACGCGAGGACGAAGACUCAGACGACGAGACGGUCAUCUCGCAGAAGGUCAAAAUGACGUGUGUUGGCAUCGGUUAUGUUAAUAUAAGCAAACGAACAUUAUAA